UGUGACGAACAGCUUCCAGGUCCCGAAAAGACACGAGGAACGAACAAUCAACAGGAAAACUUGUUCAAAGUUCUCAGGAUGUUUAUAGUCAGGAGGCACAUUCAGAGACUUUGGCCCAUAAAUUCACAACAUGAUCCAGCUGUGAAUUGAGGCCAUUCGGUGGAAGCUCCAGAUAGAUUUUGGAUUAGUUCCAUUUCACUGAUAUUUAAUUCAUUUGAUGCUCUGAACAGAAUAACAAUGGGGAAAUUAAAUCAGAUGCCAGGUGAUACAACACAACAACAAAUCUCUGGAACAGUGUCUCCAACUCUCAAGCGUUGUGGCACAUGGCCUAAAUGUGGUUACAGAAGGCUGGACUCGGAAGGCACUUGGGAAUCCCUGUCUGGCUGUGGGUGGAUAUAAAGCUCCGGCACAACUUUGGGUGGCGCCAGAGCGCAAGAAAAGGACGUGGAUGAAACAACCCAGCACAGCUCAUGGGUUAAACCGCCCGGAGAAUCACUUCUUGUGGCUCGGGCCGUCCUCACAUCCACGUUAGACGAUGUGCGGAUUCCUCCAGCGGGUGGUGGGACUUGCCACCUGUCAGGGAUGGUAAACAGGCUGCAUCCCUGAGGACUGCACCGGAGACCUCUCCCAUAUUUUAUGGCUACUCCUGCGUUAGAGAAAGAACCGCGGACAACUUUGCGCAUGGCGAAAGUGAGCCACUCGCUCAAACUGCCAGUGGUGAGAUUAUAGCCGGAGUCUGUCUCUGUGCGCCCGGGAGGCUCCGACCCCUCCUCGCUUUGAAGAUUAACAGGGUUGACGACGUCUGAAGGACACUAAGAACAGGAUUAGGUGUUGUGCCCCGGCUCUAACCUACUUCUCAUCACUCCUGCAUCGCGUCCUCUGAACAUUUGCGCAGUGACCUUUGGGACACUUGGAAUACAGCGGGUGCACCCCCGAGGUCUGUGUGAAUUCGGCUGAAGGGCAGGAUGCGGUGUGAUCGCAGGAACUCAAAUCAGGUGGGCAGGCAGUAAGGCUUGACAGAAGAUGCGACGGGGGUGGUGGCUCGUCAGAUGGCUGGGGACAGGAAUGGCAAUCCUCUCUUUGCUAACCCACAGCUGGGGCCAGGACACAGAAGAGUGUAAGCUGUCCCGGCCAGGCCCCCCUGCAACCAUAGUGACCAUUGAUGAGGAGAGCCCCAACGGUACAGUUCUGGUGGAAAACAUGCAGAUAAAUGGUCGACCCCAAGACCCAGGCAGAACCAUCUCGCUGACGUUACUAGACAACUACGACUACUGGGUGAUACUAGAACCAACGCGACAGAGGCUCUACCUCAACAGCACCGGACGUGUUCUGGACAGAGAUCCUCCCAACUACAUCACCACCAUUGUGGUUCAGAUCCAGUGCACCAAUGAGCUGGUCGGUACUGUCAUUUUGCACGAGGUGCGGAUAGUCGUGAGGGACAGGAACGACAACACUCCUCGCUUUCAGCAGCCACGCUAUUAUGUGGCAGUAAAUGAGCUCACACCAGUUGGAACGACCAUUUUCACUGGCUUUGCAGGAAAUAACGGCGCCACAGAUAUUGACGACGGGCCCAAUGGACACAUAGAAUACAGCAUCCUUUACAACCCCAAUGACCCGGCCUCUAACGGAACAGUGAGUGUCGCUAACACUCUGUCAGGGCACAUUACUCUGGCAGAGAGGCUGAACUAUGAGGAGAGAACUCGCUACCUGGUCUUGGUCCAAGCCAACGACCGCGCCCCUUACCCUCCCAACAGGCGGACAGCGACCACGACUCUGACUGUGGACGUCCUGGAUGGAGACGACCUGGGACCCAUGUUCCUCCCUUGCGUGCUGGUGAACAAUACCCGCGACUGCAACCCCAUCACCUACCACGUUGCUAUCCCAGAAUUCACUGAACCGAGCAAACUCAACCCUCUGAAUGUCACCCCACCGAUCCGAGCUGUGGACAUGGACAGAAACAUACAGCCUCCAUCAGACAGGCCUGGCAUUCAUUACUUCAUCCUGGUUGGUCAUCCAAACACAUAUCCAGAGUAUUUCUCCCUGAACAGAACCACUGCAGAGCUGCGUGUUCUUCAGCCAAUCAGCAGGGACCUCUAUCAACGCUUCACACUCAUCAUCAAGGCUGAACAGGACAACGGUCACCCCCUCCCAGCCUACGCUGACCUCAUUAUCGAAAUCCUGGAUGAGAACAACCAGGCUCCAUACUUCCAGUUUGCCACCUAUCAGGGCUACGUGAGUGAGUCCUCCCCUGUGGGUACGACUAUCUCAGCCAGUGCCAACCUCACUGCCCCGCUGGGAGUCAUCGCUCUGGAUAAUGACAUUGAGGAGACAAAAGACCCCAUGUUGAAGAUUACCCUAAACGACUACACGACCAUCUUUGGCCUGACCCCAACUGGGAUAAUCCGUUACCUGAGGCUCCUCAAACCUGUGGAUCGGGAGAAGCAGAUGGCCUACACUUUCACGAUGGUGGCAUCAGAUGGCGUCCAGCAGAGUAUCCAAGUAACUGUCAACAUCCUGGUCCUUGAUGCCAAUGACAACACGCCCACGUUCGCCGAGGUCUCCUACAGCGUCGAAGUCUUUACAGACAUGCAGCAGGGGGAGACGGUGCUACAGUUAACAGCAGCAGAUGCUGAUGAGGGACUCAAUGGCCUGGUGACCUAUGAGAUACUGGCUGGCGCACAGGGACAUUUCAUAAUUAAUAAUCGCACUGGAAGGAUCACGGUGGCGCCUGGUGUCACUUUAACUGUGGGUCGUUCUUACGCACUGACUGUCAAAGCCUCUGACAAUGCACCAGAGACCCAGAGAAGGAGCUCCAUAACUACAGUGUACAUCGAGGUUCUGCCACCCAACAACCAGAGCCCCCCACGCUUCCCCCUCUUCACCUACAGCCUGGAAGUGAGCGAGGCAAUGAGGAUCGGAGCUAUUCUGCUCAACCUGCAGGCCACAGACAGAGAAAAUGACCCCAUCACAUACCGUAUUGUGAGCGGGGAUUCCCAGAAGGUCUUCAACCUCUCUGAAACGAUUGGUCUUCUGCUUCUGGACAAGCCCCUGGACAGAGAGACCACUGAUCAGUACCGUCUGAUCGUCACAGCCUCUGACGGAAACCCUGGAGGGACAUCCACUACGACCGUGAACAUAGUUGUCACUGACGUCAACGAUAACGACCCCAAGUUUAACCUCACCAUCCCCACUAAUUUUACUGUGCAAGAAGAACAGGCCAAUUUGUUCAUAGGAGAAGUCACAGCCACAGAUCCAGAUGCAGGGGCUAAUGGCCAGGUGCGCUACCGGAUUGUAAAUCAUCCUGACUUGUUCACAAUCAGUGCAAACGGCAGCAUCUACACACGAGUGCCUCUGGACCGGGAGCUCAGGAGCCAGUACAGCCUGGUGGUGGAGGCGUCAGACGGGGCUGUGGAUCCACGUCGCACCUCCUUGACGCUCUCAAUCCUGGUUACAGAUAUCGACGACAACAGCCCCAUGUUUUCCCAGCAAACCUAUGUGGUGAAUGUACCUGAAAACAGCCCGGUGGGAACUGUAGUUCUGCAGCUGAGUGCAGAGGACUCAGACCUCUUUUCCAAUGUCACGUAUCGGAUCAAGACUGAAUCGGCCCGGCAGCUGUUCUCUCUGAACCCUAUCACAGGGGAGUUAUCUGUGCUGCAGACCCUGGAUUUUGAGGACCUGGCAGCUAUGGGCAUGGGGGCUUCUUUCACUUUUCAGGUGGAGGCUGUCGACCAAGGAGGGGUCAUGCCUCCAGGGCAGGCUACCGUCACGGUCCGCAUCACGGACAUGAACGACUUCUCCCCCAUCUUUAUUCAAGACCUGUAUAAGGGUUUGGUGGCCCCCAAUGCAGAGAAAGGAACAGUCAUCACAACUGUUUUAGCUGAGGACCAAGACCCACCUGGUACCCCGGCCAGCUUUGUCCGCUACAGAGUGGACCAGGACAGGUCGCCGUACAGCGGCAGCAUCUUUGAUGUGGAAGAGGAAUCUGGGAGAGUCAUCACUAAGGUCAACCUCAAUGAAGAGCCCAGCGUCACCUUCAAGUUGUUUGUGAUAGCCUUCGAUGAUGGGGAGCCGGUGAAGACGAACAGCACGUUGGUGGAGAUCACCGUCCUCCAGCCUUCUCGCAUCCCAAUCUUCACCCAGGAAGAAUAUAAGUUCUCUCCAGUUAGUGAGUUGGCUCCGUUUGGCACACAAGUGGGGACUAUCCUGGCUGCUGCUAUCAAUCAAACCAUCUUCUACUCCAUUGUGGCGGGAAAUGAACUGGGUCAUUUUCAGGUGAACAACAGGACAGGGGUCAUCUCCACAGCUAAACCCCUGGAUUAUGAAAAUGUGACCAGCUAUGUCCUCAGGGUCCAGGCGGACUCGAUGCUGGUUGUCAUGUCAAACCUGCGCGUUCCUUCCAAAACGAACACAGCCAAGGUGUUUAUUGAGGUGCUCGACGAGAACGACCACCCUCCCGUCUUCACCAGGAAGCUCUACAUAGGCGGCGUGACGGAGGACACCAAGAUCUUCAGCUCCGUGCUCAAGAUAGUGGCCAGUGACAAGGACACCGGGAAUUACAGCGCCAUGGCGUACCGCCUGAUUAUCCCACCCACGCCAGAGGGUCAGGACAGCUUCGUGAUCGAGACCUACACGGGCAUCAUCAAGUCGGCCAUGAUGUUUCGAAAUAUGCGCAGGUCGUAUUUCAAGUUUGAAGUUAUUGCCACAGACGACUAUGGGAAAGGCCUCAGCAGCAAUGCCGAAGUGGUGGUUUCUGUGGUCAACGCACUGGACAUGCAAGUUGUCGUGUCCACUGUCCCUCCCACUUUAGUGGAAGAGAAAAAAGAGGAGCUCAUUCGUAUUCUAGAGCGCCACGUCCAGGACCAGAUUCCAGGUGCCAAAGUUAUUGUAGAAGCGAUUGGGCCACGUCGUCAUGGCGAUGGCUUUGAACUGGAGGACUACAGUAAGUCGGACCUGAUGGUGUACGCCAUAGACCCGCUCACCAACAGGGCCAUUUCACGCCAGGAGCUCUUCAAAUUUCUCGACGGCAACGUGCUGGAAAUUAACAAGGAGUUCCAACCGCACCUCGGCGAGGGCGGCCGCGUCCUGGAGAUCCGCUCUCCGGACAUCGUGGCCAGUGUGAAAAAGGCGGCUCAGGCUGUCGGCUACACAGAGGGAGCGCUCCUGGCUCUGGCCAUCAUCAUCAUCCUCUGCUGUAUCCCCGCCAUCCUCAUCGUCAUGGUCACCUACAAACAGUUCAAAGAGCGACAGGCAGAAUGUGCCAAAACCGCUCGGAUUCAGAUGGCCUUACCACCGGGAGGGAAAGCACCUCCUGCGGGUGCUCCCAGCGCUAACCUCUAUGAAGAGCUGGGCGACAGCAGCAUGCGAGGCUACGGCAGACAGCAACAGCAACUGCUGAGGCCAUCUCUGCUGAGACCUGAGGAACUCUCCAUGGAGUCAGGUAUCGACCCAGGCCAGGACUACUACACACAGGACUACUAUAAUUAUGACCAAGGGUACGACAUUCCUCAGUUCGGCAGUCGGAGGAGGCUGAUAUCGCCCAUGUACGAUGAAUAUGGGGAGGUGAUCAUGGAGGAUGAUGGGUAUUACUACAGUGGCCCGGAGGGCCGAGGCAGAGGCAGGGGCCGUGGAGGCAUGCGGGGUAGAGGUCCAUCCAAGAAGGUUGCAUUUAGAGAUGGGCCGCCAGAGGAUGAAAUCGAACAAGCUGAGCCAGCAGAGGAGGGUGAGCCUUCUAAGGCUGCCAAGAAACUGAAGUCUGUUAUGAAACUCAGCAAACUCCUGGCAGCCAGCAAGAGAGAGCAGCCAUCUGAUGCGGGUCCCUCUGGCCCAUCCUCAUGGAAAAAAGCCAGAAUGUUCAAGAUGUUUGGUGCUGGGAAGAAGGACAAAGAUUAUGCCAAACUGAUGUCAGCGCGCCGCAUUGACAGCCAAGAGAGUCUGACUGACGGGCCAGCGCUUACGGGACCAAUCGACAGCAAGUCUGAUUCCCGCAGCCGUCUUGGCAAAGUUAUGAGGAAAAUCAACUUAGGCAACAAGCUGCGGGCCAGGAGGAAGUCGCAGAGUAGUGUGAGUAGAGGCUCGGCCACAGGCAGCGAGAGAGACGAGGAGGCCUCGCAAGUCACCAGUGAGGAUGAAAGGAGGUCUAAGGUGUCUAUUAGUGUAACAGAGAGUGAGCCAGAAGAAGGUGCAAGUGGAAGUGGUAAGGAGAAAGGCUCUGAUGAGGAAUCCUCUGAGAAAGGCAGUGUUGACAGAGAUUAUCUGAAAGUAGAUUUAGACCGCGACGAUGCCAACGAAAGCACAGUGGACUCAGAGGAAGAGCCAGAUGAAGAGCUGGGGGAUUCUGAUGAGGAGAGCAAGUCCAAAUCUGAAGGAGAAGAAAGUGAGAAGGAAUCUGUCAGUGAGAAAGAAUCUGUCAGUGAGAAAGAAUCUGCGACCGAAAAAGAAUCGGAUUCAGAGAAAGAGUCAGAGUCUGAGAAGUCAUCGACCACAGAGAAAAAAUCAGAAACGGAGAAAGAGUCCGAGAAAGAGUCUGAAUCUGAGAAAGAAACUGAAUCGGGAACAGGGACGGCAACAGAGAAGGAAACCAGCUCAGAAAAGGGUUCAGGAACAGAGAGUGAGUCUGAGGAAGAGUCUGAGCAGGAAGAGGCUUCAGGGAGUGCUGCUAGAAGUGGCUCUUCUGCCCAAUCUUCCAUGAGGUCAUCAGCUACUGAGGCCAGCAAGGAGAGCAAGUCAUCAGCAAUGAGUGGUAGUAGGAGUGGUAGCAGAAGAAGUGAAACUGCAAGUGAGAGUGGCAGUGGCAGCGGUAGUGGCAGCGGUAGUGGCAGCGGUAGUGGCAGUGGUACCGGCAGUGGUAGUAGUAGCCGCGCUGCGUCUUUAUCUGGUUCAAGCGCAGAGUCAGGGAGUGAAGGCUCCUCGUCUCGUGGGUCCAGCCAGAGGAAAACAUCUGUAUCUGAGUCGGCUGGAGGAUCAUCUUCUGGCGGUCAGAUGGAGGAUCAAAGUUCCCUGGGUAGCGAGGAGAGUUCAGCUGCCUCCAAGUCCACCAGUGGUAGCCGGCGGUCCCGAAAGUCCGUCCUUAGCCGCGGAUCUGAGGACACAAUCACAGAGGAGAGUGAGGAGGAGGAUGAGGAAGAAUCUCAGACUGCUGAGGAGAGCAAAGAUUCAGCGAGCGAGCUCAGUGAUGAAACAUCGUCCACUAAGUCCAGCGUGGCAUCCGAAGACCCAGGACCCUCUGUCCCUUACACUGGUCCCCCAUACCGCUCCGAGAUCAGAAGCAUUGGCGAGACCUCUGAGGAGACAUACGGAGGACUAUCCCCGAUCACUGAGGUGGAUGAGGACGCCAUCUCCUCUGACAGGUCUUCAGCCAGCGGCUCCGGAUCAGACCCCAGCGGUGUGUCGAAGGACUCCGGAGAAACGGGGGCGACUUCAGAUGCUGAUUCAGAGUCUGAAGGAAACUCAACUGCCUUCUAG